AUGACCGAAGAUUUUAAUGAUAAUGACAACAACGCGUAUAAAGUAACUUUGAAAUUGAACAACCUUACAACAGUCAUGCAGGUUGACACAGGAUACUUCAGAUUUACCAGACUACCUUUUGGUCUCAAAACGGCGUCUGCUUUAUUUCAGCAGACCAUGGAUAAAAUAUUCGGAGACAUGAAAGAUGUGAUAUUUUAUAUUGACGAUCUUUUAAUAACGGGUAAAAAUGAUAAAAUACAUAUAGAAAAUAUAAAGAAACAGACCCACUACAAAAUAGUCAAAGAAAAAUGGAAAUGGGAAGCUGAACAUGCCAAAAGUUUCAAUGAAAUAAAAACAUUAAUCAGUCAACCUCCUACAUUAAAUUAUUUUAAUCCAAACUUACCUAUAGGUAUAGCUGCUAACGCAUCAAACGUGGACUUGGAGCAGAUUAAAAGAAAAUCUUCGAUGUCUAUGCGUUUACAAAAGUGGAAUAUAGCAAUGGGAGCUUAUGAUUUUAAAAUAAUUCAUAGAGCAGGCAAAUAUAAUACAGUUCCUGACUGUCUAUCAAGAUUACCACUCAGUGUAGAUAAGGAAACUAUUGAUAAAAGUACGGACAACACAAAAAACGACUUAUGGGAUAUUCCGAUUAAUUUUAAUAAAGUAUUAGAGGAAACAUAUAAAGACAAAGAAAUAUUGGAUAUCAUUAAAGACAUAAGAAAAGGUGAUAGUAUAAAAAACAAAUCAUACAAAAACAUGGAAUAUGAAUUAAGUAUUAUAAAUAAUUGUUUGUUCAAAGAAAACAAAAUUGUGAUUCCUGCAGGCAUGAAAAAAACUAUGUUGAAGGAAUUACACCGGACACUUAGGUGCUGGAAAGACCAAAGCAUUAGCCAAGGAUUAUAUGUAUUGGCCAGGUAUGAACACGAGUAUCGAUCUUGA